AUGAUAGGCGUAAUUGAGUUUAUAACGCUUCUAUGCGGAAUAGUUGUCUCGUUCUUCUCAGAGGACUUGUUCGAUAUAUGGAACGACGAGAAUGGGCUUGUGAAUUGGCCAACGGCCCUUACGAAGGACGUUUUGCCCGUACCAUGUCAUUCUCACAAUGAUUAUACCCGGCCAAUGCCUCUAGUCUCUGCUCUUAAAGCAGGAUGUGUCGGCGUCGAGGCUGAUGUGUGGCUUAUCGAUGAAGAACUGUACAUUGCUCACACGAGACCAAAAGUCACCCACGGCCGUACCCUGGGAUCUCUCUAUGUAAAUCCGCUGAUGAGCCUAUUGGAGGAACGAAAUUCAGCAAUAAAUCAGACAUUGCACGGCGUAUUUGAAACAGACCCGGAUCAGAACCUUGUUCUAUUAAUUGAUUUUAAGACAAAUGGCGCCGACACCCUCCCAUACGUCAUAUCUCAUCUGUCACCAUUGCGAGAUAGAGGCUAUUUAACCCACUGGAAUGGGGCCAAGGUUGUCAAUCGACCUAUCACGGUAGUUGCGACUGGCAGCGCGCCAUUCGAACUCUUGACCGCGAACUCAACGUAUCGUGAUAUCUUUUAUGAUGCACCUCUUGAGCUAAUGGAAGAUGGUGAGCCAAAACCUGUACAACGAGCACGAUCAGCCCGGAGAAAAGAAGAAGGCCAGGGUUCUUCCGGAACACCAAGUGCCGUCCAUCUCGGCACAUACAAUCCAUCUAAUAGCUAUUAUGCAUCGGGAUCCUAUGACAGAUCCAUUAGAUUCCCAUGGAAAUUUUACAUCACCUCCAACCAGUUAAAUCGAAUUCGAGCCCAGAUAAACGAAGCGCACCGACGAGGGCUCAAGGUUCGCUAUUGGUCCACACCAAGUUGGCCACGGAACCUUCGAAAUCAUAUCUGGAGUGUCCUCGUGCGAGAAGGUGCCGACCUACUGAAUGUUGAUGAUUUGGAGAGUGCGAUAAAAGGGCACUGGUGGUCCAACAACGAGGGGAGAUAA